GUUCAAUCAACCUUUUCGUUCGGAAGCGUGUAAUUGGUAUUACCAAAGGUAUCCCCCGCCAAAACCCUCUCCAUUUCCAAAUAAAAUUGCCACUUAGUUGUCAACCGUAUUAAUGACAUAAACUUCAAAAUUUCUGUGUACGUUUUCAAAAUUAUUCUGUUAUUAUGGCCAAAAUACCAACGGAAAACCUAUUCCUUUUGGAAUUUCUCGUUGAUAACUUAACACUGACCAAGUGUACUGAAUCCCGAUGUCCACCCGGCGAAAAAUGCGUCAGCUUUCAAUUUCUCGACAACGCUCCAUUGAUGGUUUGCGAGGAAGACUUCAAUCCCAAGCGGAAAUACGGACAGGACGAUGAAUUUAUAAAAAGCGGAAAAUCUUGUUUGUUCUCACUAACUCCGGCCAUGGCUGAAGCUGCCAGCCAUGAUUUUCCAGUAAAUGUAAGUGUCUCCGCCAAAAUGGACCCCGAUUGCGACGUAGAUGUUAUCGAAAUUGCUACCGGUGUCAUACCGAUAACAAAUCUAUUUAAAGAGCUGGUUGAAUCAGUUGAUAAAGAUAAUGGAAUAUGUCCGACAGCAAAAACAUUAAAAGACGAGUAUGAUAUUUUUGACGAAAAGCAAAAGUUGGGCGGUAAGAUUGCUGCAUUCAUCAGGAUGUCCUGCUUCGGAAAACUCAUCAUAACGCAAUUCCAAAUGAACAUGGAGGAUAAGUCCGUUCUUUUUAAAGAUAGGGAAGGUAAAUCUUUAUACCGGUACAAAAAAGCAGGAAGUAGGAGUAGCAAAUCCUGCACAAUGAGAAAAUCGCAAGGUGAUGCCAGUGUGAAGUCUUCCGGACCUGGAGGAUGUCCCACCACACCGUGUAAUACUGUUAGUGAUAUGGGUAUGGAUAUGAGGGGUAUGCCACAAGGAAAUAUGUAUCAACAACCGGGUAUGAUGCCGCAACAACAGCUCAUGCCCCCAAUGGGACAAGGAGUUUUUGGUGGUGGUUGUCCUAGUACUCCAUGUGGAAUGCAACCAGGUAUGGGAAUGCCGCCCGGAAUGCCCCCAAACAUGGGUGGCUUUCCGGGAAUGCAAGGCAUGGGAGGAAUGCCACCGCCAAACAUGGGGGGACCACCAAUGAUGGGGGGACCUCCAAUGAUGGGCGGACCACCAAUGAUGGGAGGACCACAGAUGAUGGGCGGGCCACCGAUGAUGGGCGAGCUCACGAUGAUGGGCGGGCCACCUAUGAUGGGCGCACCACCAGUGAUUGAUACCCCAUGUUUAGAAUGCGGAGGAAUGAUACGAGCUCCUUGUGGACCCCAAGGUGGAAUGGGAGGAAUGCCUGGCGGAAUGGGAGGAAUGCCUGGCGGAAUGGGGGGAAUGCCUGGCGGAAUGGGAGGAAUGCCUGGCGGAAUGGGAGGAAUGCCCGGCGGAAUGGGAGGAAUGCCCGGCGGAAUGGGAGGAAUGCCCGGCGGAAUGCCUGGUGUAAUAGGUCCCACCUCUCAAACGGGAGUUACUGUAGUCCCAUGUAAUGAAUGCGGGUCUUUACCUAAUCCUUCAUGUGCAUCACCUGGUGGAGUUGCCGGUGGUAUGGGAAUGGAUAUGGGAGGCAUGGGUGGUAUGGGCGGUAUGCCUGGCAUGGGUGGUAUGGGAGGGAUGCCUGGCAUGGGUGGUAUGGGAGGGAUGCCGGGCAUGGGUGGUAUGGGAGGCAUGCCUGGCAUGUCUCCUGCUCAAGGGACUCCCUGUGUUGAUUGCGGUAAUGAUCCUCUUGCCCCAUGUGCAGGUGUAGCGGAGGUAAGUGCACCUGCUGGUCCUCCACCAGGAAAUUACCAAGAAAUUGGAGCGUCAAUGGGUGGAAAUUCUUUAACGAUAAGAAUACACAAGGAUAAUAAAGUGGAACAAGUUGGAGAGGACGACAAUUGCGGUUGUGGCGAUGGGAAGGGAGACCAGAAUUUCAGUAUGAGACCAGGCGUGACUAAUAAAAACACAAACGAAACAUUCCCCUUUAACUUAAAAAUGGGUUCGUCGGGACAGGCUCCCAACAAUAACGUCACAGUGAACACACCUGUUUGCUCAAAACCGGACGGUACGCAAUUCACCGAACUUUCCGACCCCAACAAGGAGACCUUUAUUUUACGUAUAGGAAAAAAGACCGAAGGCGUCGAUAAAAAGCAGAAUUUGGAAUUAGAGUUGUGCACGCCACGGGGCCCCGAACUAAAACCGAUACCGAAAAAGGAAACGCGAGACACGCAGUACGAUCCUAAAGACGCCGGACCAGCUGGAAAGAAGGGAAAGGGAGGCAAAGGGAAAAAGGGUGGCAAAGGGGGAAAAGGUGGGAAGGGUGGAAAGGGUGGAAAGGGCAAGGGUAAGAAGAAGUAAA